ACACAUACAAAUAUGCAUAUCGCUGCUUGGACCUGACUGAUGCAUAGUCAAAGGGAUAUUCCAGCAACCUAGAAAUGCACCUCCAUGAAGUUGCAGGGCUUGCAUGACUCAUCAAAAGAAUAAAAGCAGAGGCCAAAAUAUCCAGAUUUUUUUUUGUCACUAGUAUGGGUUAAGCUCCAAAUGUGCUGGAUCCUACAUUUCCCAUGAUGCAACUUUGUUAGCAUCUUUCACUAGACCCUAACUAUUAAACACCCACACUUUUUCUGGGUUUUUAUACAGACGUUCUGCUAAAAAUAUGAAGUCUCAAAGCCCAAACUGAGACAACCCUGCCAAAGAGGAUAUUAUUCAAGAUACUAGUGUUAUCAAAGACAGAGUAGUUCUCCCUGUGAGGACUAAUACCUCUAUAUGGAGCCCUGCACCUUUGUGGAGGCUAAGCAAUGCAACUCAGAUUUCUAAGGGCAUUAAAAAAAGAGCUGUAUUCGCGCACACAGAAAGCACUGCAGAUAGCAUUUUCUGACAAAUGUUGCAAACAAUCAGUACACAUCAGUAUUCAUAUUUGCCUCAGUUGAGAAACCCUUGCUUUCUGGAAAGGGCCUGUCUGGUGAUAUCCAGCGUCUCUCCUCCCCCUCCAUCUUCCAUGUGAACCUUAUUGAUUGCCUGGCAACAGUCCAUUAGCAAGCAGCAGUGGUUGUUUAACUAAUGGGACUGAUUCUCUUGGAGGGAGGGACUAGAAAUGUCAUGGAGCAAAUAUCUUUAAAAAAAACCACAGAGACACCCAACAGAGGAAUUUUACUGCAAAAGUUACUACUGUAUUUCAACACGAGUAACAUCCUCAUUAUGCUAUGCUAGUGAUGAGAAAGAGAUAUAAUAUCUACGAUGGGUAAAGGAAUACUACGCAAGGCAAUGCAGUAGAGCUAACAUAAGCAGUAGCAAGUUUGGUUAGUCAGCAACUACAAGUUCUGCACACCACUGCACUGCACCGGAGUGCUUCAGACAGUCAUCAGGGUCCCCUGGGACAGUGUGUGUGUGUGUGUGAAGACAUUUUUGACAAGGUGACUUUGCAGGAGCAUUUAAAAUAUCCUGCAUUCACUUACAACCUAAACCAGGAUUAAUAUUUUACUACAGGCUUGCCUUCUUUCUGGUGCUUCUGUCCCCCCACUGUUAAUCUCAUCUAUCACAUCUUUUCUACAGAGGAUGAAGAUAGGACAUCACUCGGGCUAAUGCAGCUUCUAUCUGCUAAUGCACCAAUGAUUGACCCAGUGCAGACCAUCAAAAUGUUGUCAUUUUAAUCCAACAACUUGAAAUUGACAAAAGUUUACAGCUUCAGAUGUGUGAGGGGCCGUCAUCAAUAUCUGGGCCAAUCCCCCCGGAUCCUUCUCUGUUCCCUCAGUACUACAAACGACCUGCUUCAGCUCGUGGACGUUUAGAGGGAAACCACAAUGGGACUUUGGCCUUGCUCUCAGGGCCACUUGCUCCAGAUCCUGUGUUGUACCCUGGCUGCUACAGUGCUCGUACCCCAGCACAUCCUCCCCGUGUUGGCCCUAAUGCCACCUAUAUCCUGGAACGAGGACAAAGAGGUGUAGUGGGGGAACUACUCAAACUAGAUGGUGUUUCGAUCACUCCUGUUCCCAAACAGAAACAGCGAGUACAUGACUUUAGUAAAGAGAAUGUGCGUCGUCUCCGGGAGAUCCAGAGACGCUGCAAAGAGCAGGAGGCUGAAAGAGCACAGUCUCGUCCGGCUCCUGUCAAAGCUCUUUGGACCUCCUCCAAAUAUGAGAAUGUCCCAUCCAGGGUGAUGGCCCAGCUACAGGUUUCUUGUCCAUCUGUUAAACCACAGUGUCAAAAAUUUCUGAAGGCCCACUCUAAUGGUGGAUUUACUGCCCCACCAAGACCACACUCCAAAGCUUUGCAACGCCCUGCAUCGUGCAACUCUGUACAUGACCAGGAUUUGCAAUUACAGGUGAAAGGUCAGACCAUAGACUUCAUAAAACAUAAUGCCCAGGCUGCAAGAAAAACUGUGCUGCGUCGGUCACAAUCACUGACAAAUCUAAGAGAUAAGCCUGUGCCCAGUGCAGUCAAGGGACAGGUGCCUCAGUAUCUUGAGGAGAGGAAGGAGCUUUGGCGUAAAGAAGAGGAAGAGAGGAGGAGGAACACACCUGAUCCUACAAUCCCAGCUGGUCAUGCCCUGAUGCCUGAGAGUGAGAGACAAGAGACACUGAAGUCCCUCAAAGAGACUCAUUGCUCCCUGGUGACUGAGCUGCUGUCACUCCCUCUCAAAGCUGACAAUCUGAGCUUUCGCUCACGAAGGGCUCACCUUGAUUGUAGGCUUUCUGAAAUCGAGGAGGCCAUUAAAAUAUUCUCCAGGGACAAAGUUUAUAUAAAAAUUAAUUCCUAACACAUGAAGAAGAAGAUGAGGAGGGGGAAGAAGGAAGAGGAGACGAUCCUUUAUAUCCACUGCUUUAUUGAGAUUCAUUUUCAUUUUGUAGUUGCUCAACACUGAACCUUUUAAAAUAGAUGAUUAUUUUAACGUUUUAAAAGUAUUUUAAUUUUGUAAAUUGAAAGAACUAUAUUAUAAAUGGGGGGAUUAUUACUUGAAGUCAACCACUGAGGUUACUGAAUGUCACUUGCAUGCUGUUGAAUAACAUGCAGUUUGCUCUUGGAAGAAAAAAUAAGCAGAUGCACUGUAAACAGUCCAUUAGCUCAUAAAUAUCAUUUGCUGAGAUGUGAUUUGUUUUUGGGUUUUUUUUUUUUUUGUGUGUAAUACUGAUGAUUUUUUUUGUGAAGUCACUGUAUAUUACUUUUUUAAAAUUAAAACUUACAAUGCAUCAUUAAAAUUAA